AUGGAUAUCUGCCCAAUCAGGUUGAGAUACGAGCUUGACUACUGGCGUAUUCCCAUACACUUUCUCUCACCUUGUUGUAUGCUGGAAGAAAAUAACAAUACCGCCAAAAAACGAGCCGAAAUAAGUCACAAUGAUAGUUCCUGUCCUCCCUCGUCAUUCGAGAAAGUAUGGAUGGGACCAACGCGACUGUAUUUGUAUAGAAUGCUGGAAAACCCUCGAUCAUCAUUUGCCGCCAAAGUGUUCUCCAUUGUUUCCGCGUGUUUCGUUCUGUUUUCUUUAUUAGGUUUGAUUCUUAGCUCGAUGCCAGAACUUCAAGACGAUCACAAGGAACCACAUCAAGUCCUUCAAUGGUUGGAAAUGUGGUAA